ACAAGAUUGUUCGUUAAAGAAAUUGAAGUGAUAAACAUGAAUCUAAUUGUUACAAUAAUAAUAGUCAAAGCUCAAAAAAAAGAAAAAAAAAAGUCAUCUGUUUUGAAGAUUUGGGAGUUUUCACCAACAGGAAUGGGUGAUCUGCUCUUAGCUUCUAUGGAUUUGCUUUUAUUUCCGCUGUACCAGAAAAGAAAAAAACAGUGGCUUUUUAUAGUCAAUACAUAAGACUGGCAGACAGACACGGUCAGUCAAUGUCCAUGUCAUGCUUACCUUAAAGUAAAUGAUCUGCUCAUGUCAUUUUGUUCUCUCCAGUCACUGGCAAAAUAUUCCACAUCUUCUUUGAAUUUCUCUUCCCUUAGCUUGAUUUGUCUACGGAACCAGAUUUUUCUUGGAAGCCCCUACUGCAACACCGUUGUUAGCGCUUGUCUUACUAGCUGCUAUUGGUUGCCGACGUUUCCUGAGGCAAAGCUGGUCCAAGAAGAAGUUGAUGCUCUCGAAGAAAUUGCACGAACAUUGGGUUCUAAAUACUGGAAGUUCAAUGCUGAUACUUGCGAAAUUGAAAUGGCUGGAGUGACUCAAGUCCCACCAAAGAACGCUGAGCAAAGGAUAGAUUGUGAAUGCAACAAUGGGAACAAUACUGAUUGUCACGUCACAAGAAUGGAGCUAAAACGUUAUAACCUUCCCGGAGUGCUUCCGACUCAACUUAUUAAGCUUCCUCGUCUCCAAGUAGUUGAUUUUGCUUACAACUACCUCAACGGUACUCUGCCACGUGAAUGGGCUUCAAUGCAGUUAACUUCAAUAAGUGUUCUCGUAAACCGUUUGUCAGGCGAGAUUCCAAAGGAACUGGGAAAUAUCACCACUCUCACCACCUUGUCCCUCGAAGCAAACCAAUUUUUUGGCACAAUCCCCCCUGACCUCGGAAAACUGAUCAACUUGCAGGCUUUGGGGCUGUCUUCCAAUCAUUUGUCUGGAAACUUGCCGGUGUCUUUUGCUGGACUAAUAAAUCUAACAGAUUUUCGGAUAAAUGAUAACAACUUCAGUGGAACCAUUCCUAUCUUCAUACAGAAUUGGAAAAAGCUUAAAAGAUUAGAAAUGCAUGCAAGUGGCCUGGAGGGACCCAUUCCAUCGAACAUUUCUCUUUUGAAUAAUUUAGUUGUGUUGAGAAUUAGUGAUCUAAAUGGACCAACUCAGGAUUUCCCUAUGCUCAGCAAUAUGACAGGCAUGAUCAAAUUGACUCUGAGGAACUGUAACAUUUCUGGGAAGCUCCCUGCAUACCUUUGGACAAUGAAGAGUUUGGAAGCAUUGGAUGUCAGUUUCAACAAGUUGGUUGGAAAAAUUCCGGACACCAUAAGUGCAGAUCGCCUGCGAUUCAUCUUUUUAACUGGCAACUUGUUAAGUGGAGAUGUACCAGAUUCAAUCUUGAAGGAUGGGAGCAAUGUUGAUUUGUCAUAUAAUAACUUUGAAUUGCAAGGCCCUGAGCAACCUGCUUGUCAAGAAAACAUGAAUUUAAACCUGAACUUGUUCCAUAGCUCUUUGAUGGGAAACAGCUCAAGGAGAAUUCUUCCAUGCAAGGGGACUUUCAGCUGCCCUAAAUAUUCAAAUUGUUUGCAUGUUAACAGUGGUGGAAAGGAUGUAAACAUCAAGGAAGAUAAAACAACCUUUUCAUAUGAAGGAGAUGGACAAGAAGAAGGUGGUGCAGCUAAGUAUUUUGUAAAUGAGCAAAGCUUCUGGGGGUUUAGUAGCUCUGGAGACUUCAUGGAUGACAAUGAUUACCAAAAUACUCGCUAUACUUUAUCAAUGCAAUCAUCAACCCUCCCUGUGUUAUACUCGACAGCUCGCAUAUCCCCAGUUUCUCUUACCUAUUUCCAUUAUUGCUUAGAAAAUGGGAACUACACAGUAAACCUUCACUUUGCUGAGAUACAAUUUACUAAUGACCUGACGUAUAAGAGCUUAGGCAGGCGUAUCUUUGACAUUUAUGUUCAGGAAAUAUUGGUUUGGGAGAAAUUCAAUAUUGAAGAUGAGGUUGGCAGUGCUCAAAAGCCUUUAGUGAGACAAGUAUUGAAUGUCAGUGCGACUAAUAAUAUGUUGGAGAUCAGAUUCUAUUUUGCCGGGAAAGGGACGACAAGGAUUCCUGAUAGGGGAGUCUAUGGUCCCAUCAUAUCAGCCAUCUCUGUGUUUUCUGAUUUGAAACCUUGUUCAAGAGGGAAAAAGAUGGGAACUGUUUAUGCGGUUGCUGGAGCUGUUGUAGCAUCAUGUCUCAUUACCAUUAUACUAGGAAUCCUUUGGUGGAAAGGAUACUUGCCAGGAAAAUGGUGCCAGAAAAAAGAUGCUGAAGGACUUAAUUUUCCAAAUCGAACAUUUUCUCUGAAACAAAUUAGAGCUGCUACUGAUGACUUUGAUCCUUCUAACAAGAUUGGAGAAGGUGGUUUUGGUCCUGUAUACAAGGGUCAAUUACCUGAUGGUACUGUAAUAGCGGUGAAGCAACUUUCAUCAAAAUCAAGGCAAGGAAAUCGCGAAUUCUUAAAUGAGAUGGGCAUCAUUUCUUGCUUGCAGCAUCCGAAUCUUGUGAAGCUGCAUGGAUGUUGUAUUGAAAGUGACCAGCUAUUAUUGGUUUAUGAGUACAUGGAAAACAAUAGUCUUGCGCGUGCUCUAUUCGGUCAUGAAAUCAAUCAGCCUAACCUGGACUGGCCUUCAAGGCUUAAGAUCUGUGUUGGGAUAGCUAGAGGUCUAGCUUUUCUCCAUGAAGAAUCAAGAUUUAAGAUUGUUCACAGAGACAUUAAGGCUACAAAUGUGCUACUUGAUGGGGAUCUGAAUCCUAAAAUAUCCGAUUUUGGAUUGGCUAGGCUCGAUGAAGAAGAGAAGAGCCACAUCAGCACCCGAGUUGCUGGAACCAUAGGAUAUAUGGCACCAGAAUAUGCACUGUGGGGUUACUUGACCUACAAAGCAGAUGUUUACAGUUUUGGGGUUGUGGCCUUGGAAAUUGUUAGCGGGAAGAACAACAAUAACUAUAUGCCAAGCGACAACAAUUGUGUUUGUCUCUUAGAUUGGGCCUGCCAUUUGCAACAAAGUGGGAGUUUUAUGGAGCUUGUUGAUGAGACGUUAAAAUCUGAAGUUAACAUGAAAGAAGCAGAAAUUAUGGUUAAGGUAGCUCUCUUGUGUACAAAUGCAUCCCCGACACUUAGGCCUACAAUGUCGGAGGCAGUGAGCAUGCUUGAAGGACGACUGGCUGUUCCUGACACAGUUCCAGUACUUCCAUAUACCGAUGAUUUGAGGUUCAAAGCCAUGAGAGAACUCCGUCAGCAUGAGCAAAGACAUGGUUUCAGUGGGAGCCAAACACAAAGAUCAAACACUGUUCAAAUGUUGAGCUCUUCGUCUAAAUCUGAGAACGCCAGUUACGAGAUAGGCUCAGACCCAAAACUCCAAAGACAUAGUUUCAGUGGGAGCCAAACACAAAGGUCAAACACUGUUCAAAUGUUGAGCUCUUCGUCUAAAUCUGAGAACGCCAGUUACGAGAUAGUCUCAGAACCAAAACUCUAAUCAUGUUCCACAGCAUUAUUUGGGGUUCUUAACAGCUGGGAAGUACUGGCUCUGUCGCUAUUGUGAUGUUGAGUUUCAGCUAUUUAUUUGAAAUUUAACUCGCUGGGACCGCAUCGGUCACCAUAAAAAUCUGGUGAGGAAUUCAUCGAUAUGAAGUAAAUUUUGAUGG